CGGGGAGAGCGGCGAGAGGCCGCGGCGUGCCGAGCCGUGCCCCGCGGCGCCCCGCUCCGCCGGACCAUGGUCGGGGAUCAGUGCAGCCUGCCCGCCGAACGGCCCGUCCUCGCGCAGAGCCCUAAGGCCGGACUGAGCUGCAAGAUGGUGCUGCAGGCGGUGGGCAAGGUGCUGCGGAAGUCCAAGGGAAAGCCAAAUGGUAAAAAGCCAGCACCGGAAGAGAAGAAACUUUACCUAGAGCCAGAAUACACAAAAUCCAGAAUUACCGACUUUGAAUUUAAGGAGCUGGUGAUGUUACCACGAGAAAUAGACCUCAACGAGUGGCUCGCCAGCAACACAACAACUUUCUUUCAUCACAUCAACUUACAAUAUAGUACAAUCUCAGAAUUCUGUACAGGAGAGUCGUGUCAGACCAUGGCAGUGUGCAAUACACAGUACUACUGGUAUGACGAGCGGGGGAAGAAGAUCAAAUGCACUGCUCCACAGUACGUCGACUUCGUCAUGAGCUCAGUGCAGAAACUUGUGACAGAUGAGGACGUCUUUCCUACAAAAUACGGCAAAGAAUUUCCAAACUCGUUUGAGUCCUUAGUGAAGAAGAUCUGCAAGUACCUGUUCCACGUGCUGGCCCAUAUCUACUCCUCACACUUUAAGGAGACUUUGGCACUGGAGCUGCACGGACACUUAAACACGCUCUACACACAUUUUAUCCUAUUCAUCAGGGAGUUCAACCUGGUGGACCUUAAAGAGACCACCGUCAUGGACGACCUCACAGAGGUCCUCUGCAGCAGCAGUGGGAGCAGCAGUAAUGGGAGCGGCAAUGGGAGCAGCAACAGCGCAGGAGCACAGAACCACGUGAAAGAGAGAUGAGCCCUCCUCCAGGAUCAAAACUAACAUUAAAAACAAUAUUAUAUAUUAUGUGUGUAUGUGUAUGUAUACGUUCAGAUAUACAUACAGGUAUAUACAGCUAUGAAAGCUGAAAGAAAUUAUGCUGCCACCACAGGACGUGUAGUCAUACAGGACUGUACGGAGCUUUGGUUUAAUGCGCCACCUGGCGAGAAGUUGCACCAAUUUUUAUUUUCUGUCCACUCCUCCUUUUACCUGUUCAGGUGGAUGGUGAGUGCUGUUUUUAGAGAAGAGCCAAGCCUGAGAGUGGGGCCACUCUUAUUUGUUUUGUUUUGGUUGUUUUGGUUUUUCUUUCUUUGGUCUUGAGUGCAAGCCCUCCAUCUUCUGAGGAUGGUGGUCUUGCCAUUUUAAAAAUACCUACUAUAUUAUAAGAAGUGACUUUUACUUUGAAGUGGCUUAAAAUGCAGAUUUGUUUGGGUUUUUGGGGGGAGCGGGGUGGUUUUCUGGUUUGGUUUUACAUAGACUGCCCCUGACCCCUGCCAGAAGCUUCCCAGUUGAGUGUAUCUUGCCCUUUGCUAGCUUGGAAGGGGAAGAAACUCCUGGCUUGACUAGAGCAGCAACCUAGGGGCUUGCUACGUGUUGAGAGUGGGCAUGAUUCUCCAGUUGUUACAUCUACUUGGUCACAACAUGUGAAUGUGCAAGAGGAUCCACAAGCCUUUCUGCUUAUUGCUCCUACAACAUAUAUGCUCUCUCCCCUGCUCCCUUCGCCUCCUCUUUUUAUUUAUAAAGAUGUGCCUGGGAAAAGAGUAAGAUCACUGGUCUAAAACCAAUGUGCAAGAGCCACCACCACGUGUUUCCCAUUGAAUGGAGGCCCGGGGAGGGAGGAGAAGGGCACAUUGAGUCCGUCACUGCCUGUGCUAGAAAGAUGGCUGUUGGCAUAAAAUUAUAUUGUUGGCUUAUUUUAGUUCAUCUGUUCUAUAAUAAUAAAAACAAAUCUAUCAGCCAUGAGCUUUGUUUUUGUUUGCAGCGCCAGAAUUCACUGGAGUUUACCCCUAAAGAUUCCUUUCACUACUGAAUGCUCUUAACCCUGCUGUCAACCAGUUUUAUAAACAGUUCUUUGUCUUUCACCCUGUAAAAUGGCAUUUAUCAUCAAUUUCUUAUCUUUUUUUCCUGGUACUGCUAGGAGCCUCCUCUCCAGGGGUAAGCAACACACAGAAGGAAACAACUUUCUUGUUAGUACACACUUUCAAGUUCUUGAUAUCUAGGCAUGCUCCUGGAUACUUUGCAGCAAAUACAGCAUCACAGUAUCUGCAUCAAUGACAUUACUCUCAUUUCCACUGAAUUCUGGCACUCCAGAUUUCCAGUUGGUAAAAAGCCAGAUUUUGGCUUGCGAUUGCACUUCUACCAACUCUGCAGCAAACGGUCUUUGUGAAUUGUUUGUUACCACUUUUAAGGUAUUUACAUCAUUAGUAACCAACAUGGCAUGAAUUCCAGAAAGAAUUCCUGAACAAGUUCUUUAACUGCAUUAGUAAGAAAGGGGAGAUGGAGAGAAAGCACAAGAGCAAUAAGAACAAUUUUACAGAGGAAAGACAAGGAAAAGCACAAGCAAGCAAGGAGGCAGAAAAAAAGUACAAGAAAACAAUGAUUAAGUAAUAUGGAAAAGCAACCACAGGUAAAGGAAGAAAAAAAAAACUUAGAUGAGAAUAAAUGGAAGAAGUUAUAAACAUGAGGGGAAAAUAAGAGCAAAAAGACAUGAGCACAAGGAAAGGGAGGUAGAGAAGCAAGAGAAAACAACCUUUGUCAGCCCAGGUGUCACCUUUCAUUUGUACACACUGUGGGUACCCUGUCAAUCAGCAGGCAGGUGUGCUGCUGUCCUGCUACCCAGAUGCUGUUAACAGCCUGUCU